UCUCCAUCAUCCUGCCGCCGAGAUGUCCACUCCAGAUAAUCAGGGAGGUGCCUCAGAAGAUGGGGGCCCGGCAGCUCCGGCCCCAAACCUGACCAGCAACAGGCGGCUGCAGCAGACUCAGGCGCAGGUGGACGAGGUGGUGGACAUCAUGCGCGUGAACGUGGACAAAGUCCUGGAGAGGGAUCAGAAGCUGUCGGAGCUGGACGACCGAGCCGACGCCCUGCAGGCCGGAGCCUCGCAGUUUGAGAGCAGCGCCGCCAAACUCAAGAACAAGUACUGGUGGAAAAACUGCAAGAUGAUGAUCAUGAUGGCCAUUAUAGGUGUUAUAUGUGUCGGAGUCGUUUUCUUGUACUUCUUCUACUGAGCUGCUCUUCACAGUCGGAUGGAUGCACGAGUCGCAGGACAAGCACCACCACGCCAAAUCCAGCCUCUCCUCCUCCUUCACCUCCUGCCCUUCAUCCGUCUUCCUCAGAAGCCUCCCUGCAUGGCAUGUGAAGAGCUCCAGUCAGUGCCUCCUCUUCCUCUCUCUGCUCCUCUGUGUCCAGUUGGGAAAUAUUCAUGUAUAUGUUCUUAUAUUUGACUUGUUGGGUGCAUCAGAUCUGUUUCUGCAUCACGACAUUUUAACACAGUGGGGUGAAUUUGAAGUUAAAAGGAAAGGAGAGUUGAUGCACUUCUACUUCCUGGUUCUGAUUUUAUUGCCCUUCUUUAAAAAUGUCUGACAAGAAAUGAACAUAAACCUUUUUUUCUGCUGCAGGUUGAAAAGAUGAAGUUUGUAUGGCUUUAUUGUGCAUGAUGUUUAACAUGAUGUUAUGAAAGGAUUGGUGCACGUGAAGUCAGAAGGCAUGAAUUAAUAAGCCAUAAAUACUCCAAAGUAAAGACCCAAUGAGUUAGACUUCUGAGGGGAGGUUUAAAGUAGAAGAAAAUGAACAUACGACACAAGAUGAGCAAUUUUCUAUCAGUUUUAAUUUACAUAUUCAUGUAGAAUAAGAUUUAAAACCAGGUUCUUGAAGUUGUCGUUGCAGUUUUUGCUCCUGAACAAGCAGGAAUAAGUUUGGUGUCGAGUCUGCUGCACAAACACGGAGUCACUUUCCUGCAAACAUUCAGACUUUAUAUUAAAUAUUGUGCAUCAAGAGUUACUCUGCAGAUUGAAUCAUUAGUCAAGCAUCACCUCUCCUCACCUGGGUCCAUCACUUCCCGUUGUUCCCCUCUCAUCCUCUCAUCCUGCUGUAUGUACAUGUAAUCAUACAGGAACUGCGCCCCCUGGCUGUCAGCGUUGGUACUGCUGGAUGCCGCUCUCUUGAGGAAUAGGAACUCUCCCUGUAUAAAUAUAAUCUGUUCUUGUGUGUCCAGCCUCAGUCUGAGUUCAUGUGAAUCUCCUCUCUGUGUUUUUAAUGUCUCGUGAUCCGACCUCUCGUCUUGUGUUUUCUGUGUAACGCUUGAAUGUGACUCAUCUGUAUAAAGAGAUUUAUGAGUGUGUGUGUGUGUGUGUGUGUGGAUAUCUAACAUGAGAUUGUAUAUAUUAAAGGUUUCAUUAUUUAAAGUGGAAGUAAAAAGUGGUUAAAUUGACUUUGAGCAUGGAUCUAGCCGAGGGGACCCUGGAAUGAAAAUGAGAAACAUU